AGUUUGCAGACAUGGCUGCCAUUUAUUCAGGCAUCCAUUUGAAGUUGAAGAGUCCUCAGACUGCAUGGGAGGACAAACUGAAGCUGGCACGGUUUGCCUGGAUCUCCUCUCAGUGUCUGCUUCCAAACAAGGAGCAGGUACUGUUGGACUGGUGCACUCACGCUCUGACAGGCUGGUACAGUCAAAAAGUGGAAUUUUCUUACCAUGUUUUGGAGGGCCUGUGGUGUUACCUUGAUGACCUACUUCACAGCCAAAAGCUCCAAUCCCUUCUCAAGCAGGGCAAGAGCAUCAGCCUUCGGCACAUGGCACAGUUGUUGCUUGACAGACUCCAGGAGUGUGCAAGUGAUGGCAAAGAGCCGCAGGUGAAUGUGUCCAUUCUACUGAGUGUGCUUCAGGGCAUUCUCUCUCUUCCUGGCCUCUCGUCUGUUUUUACCACCAAGUACGAAGUUAUGGUCGAUCUGCUGGCCAAGCUGUGCACUCUGGCUCGCCGUGAGUUACAGCAACCUUUGCUCACGAGUUCCCUUCAGACUUCCACGCAGGCUCAGAGAAGGACGGCACCAGACACUUCUAAAGACCAGCUGCUGUCUGGGUGUCUUCCAAUUCAACAUGCUGGGGAUUGUAAGAUCGCUCUGUUGGAGCCAUUCACAACUCCCCAAGAUCCUCCACUUGUGGAUGCUGAAAAAUUACCUUCAAAGCCAAAGGAAAUCUCAAGUUCAGCUUAUUUGUUUGAGAUGUUAUUUCGGGUAUUGUUGUGUUAUUUGUCAGUUCAGCGGCAACAAGCCAAUCUUCACAGAGUGUUUACUCUGGUAGCAAACCAGCUGCUGCAGCCUGUUGUGCUGCUCAGACACUUGCUGGUUUCUGGAGAGAACGCAGCUUCUCAUUCAAACCUGCAACUCCGUCAGCGCCUGUGCAGAGAUAUCUGUACCAAAAUGGACACCAUCCUUCAGUCAGCUCUAUUCCCACCUGAGUAUCUGAGCUCUUACAAAGAGGAGCUCCUUCCUUCUAAAGAGGACUGUGGGAAACGUGGUCACGGGGGGGCAAAAGGUGUUUUGACUCCAGCCAGUACAGUUCUUUGCAAACUGAGUGCCAUCAUCUGUGAGCCCCACCUGUGUUACUCUGUGAAGUCGGACUCAUCUUCUCUGCUGUUUAAGUUCUUUCUGGACAGUUAUGGAAAAGGAAGAGAUGGUGAAGAACAGCAGAGAAUGCUGUGUUUUUAUUUCUUCACCAGAUUGGUUGCUAUCUUGGAUGUAGGCUGUGGUGAUCAGGAGGUGUCUCUGUCCUCUGGCCUUAUGUCUCCUUCAGUCUCUCACUCUUCUCCAGAGAGCUGGAACGUCGCCCUGUUGGCUGUGGAGGCCCUGUUGAGCCAGGCUCUUUCAGCUGAUAUAUAUAAUGUAGCAGCAGACAGGAUAAGACAUGGAGAUGUGCAACUUAAUUUUUACAGAUCAUUGGGACAAAUGCUCUUCAACCAGGCCCAACCAAGCAUCCCGGCAUGGUACCGCUGCUUAAGAAUGUUGUUGAGCCUCAACCAUCUGAUUCUUGAACCAGACCUGGACCAGCUGCUGUCAUCAGCCUGGGUUAAUGCUGAAUGCAUGGAAGGACAUGUGCAACAGGACAGACAGCUCCUGAUUUGUAGCUUGUUCCAGACUUACACCAAGCUUCGCCAGCUUCCUCGUCUCUUCUCUGAACUUCUGUGUGUGAUUUGUCAGCCAGCCCUGGAUGACCUUCGACCUCCUCUGCUGACUGAGUCUGUAUCCUCCUCCCUCAGGACCUAUCUUCUGGACACACCCUCUUCCCAGGCACUGGAGAUCUGCUCACUGGUAUUGGAAAGUAUUAGGAAGUACAUAUUACCCGAACUACUACAGGAGGAAAAAGAAGCAGAGGGAAUGCAGAUGGUUGUAAGAGGAGGUGAGAUGGGAGAGAAAGAGGGAGUAAAGAAAGAUGAAGAGAGAGGAGAUGCAUCUAUUAAGCUCUUCACGCUCAGCCAGCUCCUUCAUGCUGUUUUAUUUAGUGUGAAGACUCUAGAUGAUGCCUCUCCUCUUCCAUUAGUCAGGCAGACCCACAGCCUGAUGGAGGAGAUGCAGCAGGUAAUCAUGGAGUUACACCAGAUGUUAUCAGCAGAAAGCACUGGUUCAAAUGGUGGAAAAACAAAUUCAUCUUCAUUUCAAAGAACCACAAAGAGAGGCAAAAGGUCUUUGCAAAAUACAGAACCACAGAUGGACUCUGAUUUCACAACUGGGCUGCUGUGGAAGCAGAAGACCCAGGAGGCUGCACUGCUCCUCAGGUACACUUGGGUUGAAGUGGACACACUCAUCCAUAUCCACUGCAGCAAAUACACAUCGUGUGAUGCAGCUCAGACUGCAGCUGCAGGUGAGCUUGGCCACCCCGACCGAACCAGUGCUCCAGUUGUAACCAGUCGAGAGGCUCUUCUGUCUAGUGAGAUCUUUCCAGAUCUUCAACACUGUGCCAUCUCCUCGACCCGCAGCCCCAUCAGCUGUUUUCUUCUCAAACUCCUCACUUUGCAGCAGAUAAAAAAAAUGUUACUCGAUACUCCUUUACUUGAUGAUCCUAAAAUUACAGCGCUGCUAACCAGGGCAGCUAAAUUUGUUUUGGCCAAAGACAAGCUGGAGGUCACUGUGGACAGAAAACAUGUUUGGGAUGGGCAGAUAGGAAGUCUGAGUGACAGCUCCUACCAUGUAGCACACUGGUAUCUCAUCACAUCUAAUUUGCCUUUGAUUGCUCCCUACUUGACCGGGGAAGAUGUGGGCUGUGCUGCAGAUGUACUUGUCAGUUCACUACUGGACAGAAAGACAAAUGGAGUCAACAAGCAGCCUCCCGGAUACAUGUCUGUGUCCCUCAUAUCUGCACAGCUUCUCCAAGGCCUGUUUUUUACAGAGUUGCCUUUGUUGUUCUCUGCCACAGUUCAACUUAUCACACAAAGGAUUAUUGAGGUCCUGGUUUCUGCACGUGCACCGCAGACCUGUUCUACAAUCAAGAUGUUUCAAAAAGCAGUCAAAGCAAGAAGCAGUCAGCUUCUGCCCACACUGGUAAAAACAGAGGUUGUAGUUGGAGAUAUACUAAGAUUCUCUAAAACUGGAGAUGCCUCUGUAUUGCUGACUGACAUACAGACUGAAGAACUGCUAAAUUUACUUAAUAUAUUAAACCUAAAUCCCGAUGGAUUGAGCUCUGAGGAUCUGUCGUCUCUUUUCCUCCUCCUCUUCUUCAUUCUUACCUCCACUUCCAGUAAACCAGAUUCUGUGACAAAGAGCGUUCCUGAGUCCACUAAUGAUGCUCUGUUCCUGCAGAAGCUUUUCAGAUGUGUGACUUACUUCCUGGAGGGCAAAAACUUUCAUGGAGUUUUGACGCACAUCUAUGGCAGCAGUCUUCUGCAGGCUGCUGUGUCUUCUCUCCUUUCACGUAUCGGUAACAGGAGAUUUGGAGCCACGUGCAUCACUGAGUGGUUAGAGUUAAUCGAAGCAGUGCAGGACUUCAUUAGAUCUUUGGUCCAGUUGAUUAUCAUCAGAAACAACAGUGUUCUUCUCAACCUCGAGCAGUUUGCUACCUUUCUUUCCAGUGACAAAAUGGCAAACAAGCAAAUUGGAGUCCACAGUUCAGAAGAAGCAACAAGUUCAGGCAAAACAAGUUCACAAGAAGCUGUGUUAUCUGUUCAGCUUCUGCUGGCCUCGCUCAGCUCUUUCUCAGAAGCACUGAUUUCUAACUUGGGCAGAAGCAAAGCACUGGAUAAAACUUUGAUGCAAAUACUUGCAAGAAGCAGUGCAGCAAUGGGACCAAUUAUGAAGUCUGCCUUGGAGCCGCAGGUUGCACACCAUUCGGCCCACAGCAUUGGUCAAGCUUUUGUAGUCAGAGUGGUUACGAUCAUGUUGCAGUGUGAACUGUCUUCAAUGUCUUCGGAGGGCGAGAGCACAUCCAAAGUCACCAAACUCGCUCUGAACUAUUUGACCCUCUAUCGUGGCAUCUGCCACCAAGUCCUCAAAGAAAUGUGCUCUGCCUGUAGGCCCAUGGACUUCCUGGUUUCUUCUUUGCAUUUUCUGUCUGCCUUCUACAAAGCAGUUGAGAGGAUGGGAGGAGCGAGGGAGCAAGAAGAGAGCACAGGAGGAAAAGAAUUAGAUGAGCUGUACAUCCACAUACUGCAGAAUGUGCACAGACUGUUAAUAGCUGAUUGGCUGUCACCAGAUGAUGUUUGUGAGUUGGAACCUCCUGUGCAGGAUCUCUUCCACCACCUGGUGGGGCGGAGUACUACCAGCCAGUUCAACCUGCUGCUCAUGAUGAUUGCAGAAGGACUGGACAUCUGUAAGAUGAGGGCAGGAAACUACAGGGAGGCACUGUCUGCAGUGAUCAUCAUUAAGCUGCUUUCCUAUUGUCAGUUACCUGAACCCUGCUCCAAAGCUCUGUGGCUCACUGCACCACAGGCUAUAUCUGCUAUGGUGUUCCUAGUAAGGUCUUCCAGCCAGGAUGUUUCUCUAACCAUUCCCUUCACCAUUCCUACGAUAAUAUCAAUGACGUCACUGCUGCGCCAGGGACAGGGACUGAUCUCCAACCCUCACCAUGUGCUCUUGGUUCUUGGAGCACUUCAGCUGGUGCCUCUCGACUGUUCGACUCCGCUUCUUUAUCAGUCAGCAUUCCAGGCUGUUCAUGAAGCACUGUUUGCCAUAAUCCAGUGUCACCGUCAGGUCAUGUUGGAAGCAGCACCAUCAUUUCUGAAUGUCUUCUAUCGUCUGGUGACAUCAAUCAUGCAAGAGGGUCGGCAGAGAGGAGACAUCGACACACAUGCACGAUCUCAGACUGGUGUGGAUGGUGACGUGUAUCUUCAGUGUGCCAGACUGGUGGAGAGGAUGUAUUCUCACAUCGCUGCCACAGUUGAGAGCUUCACCACACUGUCAGCCUUCAUGGUGGCUCAGUAUGUCACAGAGCUGCAGAAGGUAACUCUACGACCAGACAUUAAAGUGCAUCUGACAGAGGGGAUCUAUUGCAUGCUGGACCUGUGUAAGGAGCAAGACGUCAAGUUUCUGAUGGCCGGGUUACAGAUGGGUGUCAGAGAGGUUUUCAAUGAGCUCUACAGCAGUUAUACUCACUACCACAAAGCACAGAGGCAGGGAGAGGAGAAGUACACAGUUUGAAAUACCACAACACUACUGAGAUUUGUAA